UCUGUUUAACGUGGGGGACUGCUAGUUAUCACCCAAGAACUAUAGCUAUAAGUAGCGGUCAUCGAUAUCGGAUGGAUUUACAACUGACCAGUGGCUGUGUGUGGUCAGCGCUGUCGAAACUCUCGUUGUAGGAACUUCGGAUUCCUCAAAGUGAAUGACCGUAUUUGGAGCCACUUCCGGUGACGCGAUACACCAGUCACGCAUACCGUAGCGAGGAUAGUUCGAUCAGCACGUCACAAAUAUUAAAAAACGCCAUCGCCUAUAAAACCGAUUGAAGUGUGAAGUUCCCCACUCGUCUCCCGUAUCCGCCAGUAUCAACCACAUCAGAACCACAGGAAGAGAUACUAGCUUUACAUAUCUAUCGUAUACAUCUAUCUAGUUUCACAGCAGUACUUUAACAAGCUUCUCAACAUGUCUCCGAUGUUGCUACUGGUUCAGCUUUUCUUCGUGUUGCCCUGUUUAGCAGCCAAUGCCGUUGACUUCCCGAUGGAGCUUUGUCCCUACCUGGCUGGCGAGUGUAGGGAGGAGUGUGCCUUUAAGUUUGUCCACAAGUGGGGAAUUCCUCUAUGCGCUACCGAAGGCUUCCACUGCUGUGCCCCGGAUUAUCUAGUAAAACAAAUGGAACAAUCAAAGAAAACAACGACAACAGAACCACCAUCAACUACCACAAGUCCUACUAGUACAACAACCACCACAACCCCUGCUCCGACUACAACCACCACAACCCCUGCUCUGACUACAACCACCACAACCCCUGCUCCGACUACAACCACCACAACCACCACUACAACGAGUCCGAGUACCACCACCGUCAAAAUGGAGGACGUCGUGAUCACUUCGACCUCAAUGCCAGAACAGAAACUACCCGACCUUCCUCAGGAUAAUCUCCCCCUUGCCCCUGAACUACCUCUAGACGAGGGCCGUACUGAACAGGACCUGCCCUUUGUGAACGAAGAACUUCCUAUGGGUGAUCAGCCACAGGACCCUGAUUAUGAAUUUCCAAAUGCUAUCAACACAGGGUUGGACUGUGGACUACCAUUUUUCAAUCAAAGAGUAAAGAGAAUAAUAGGCGGAAGUGUCUCCAAGCGAGGGGCGUGGCCCUGGCAAGUCGCCUUCCGGUAUAUGAAUGGCGCCUAUCUUUGUGGUGGCGCCCUUAUUAAUGAUCAUUGGAUUGUCACCGCCGCUCACUGUUUUAAACGACAAUUCAAUGCGGUCUCACAUUGGAGGGUGAGCGUUGGAGUCCACGACAUCACCGGGAGGGACCAGCACAGGAGGGACAUCUCAAUUAAACAAAUUAUCAAGCAUCCCUACUACCAGAAGGAUUCUGAGGGCUUGACCCUUAACAAAACCCUCCCUACCCAUCACCACUACCGUCACGACAUCGCCUUGGUUGAGUUGUCUGAAGCAGUAGAUAUGAACUCGCCAUAUACACGACCUAUCUGUCUCCCCACCCACGGGGACCCACGUUUCCCCUCAGCCAACGCUAUCAGUAAACGUCGGGAGGAGGAAGAGUUAGAACGAGAAACAGAGGAGGAACUGAUCAGGGAGGAAGCAUUGAGGGAGGGCUUUCCGGAACUUUCUGAAUACAUGUGGAGGAUCCGAAGGGACGCUGGAUUUGACAAUGUUGAUGCUGAUAACCACAUUAGUCUUUAUGACGUAGAACGAUUCGGGGAAUGUUACGUCACAGGAUGGGGAGAGACUAGAGGUACAGGGGAGGUGACAAAGUUACAACAGGUCAAAGGUCACGUAAGCAGUGCUGAAGAGUGCAGCAAGUCCUGGAAGAGAGAGAUUGACAACGACAUGGUCUGCUUUGGAGAUGGAACAAAGGGGCCUUGCCUGGGUGACUCUGGUAGUCCUAUGUCUUGUAAAUACGAAGGGAACUUCUACCUGGUUGGCGUGGUGUCAUGGGGGUCAGAUGAGUGCAACCGGAAGGGAUAUCCCAGUGUUCUCACGCGAGUGACGUCAUACCACGAUUGGAUACGGGAGAUUAUCUCGGAGGGUUGAAACAAUCUGACAUUUUUCUCUGACAGUACACAUCUGGGGCCAGUUCUUCUAUAGUAUAAUUGACCAGUCACUUCAGACAAAAGUAAACAAUAUUACUUGCACCACAUGUUAUCUUUAUUAUCCGAUAUUCAGAAUAAUUGAAAGAGUUUGUGUAAAUACAUUCCAGUGUAUUCCAGGGUCCAUACUCGUAUACGCGUAUGUGUAAAUAUCACUUUUAACAGGGUAAAAUUAAUUAUGUAUUUGAUACAUAUCUCGCUGUCUUUACCUUAAAGAAAACUAAAAGUAGACACAUUGUAUUAACAAUAUAUUUCAAGCUUAUUCGGUAAGAGGCAUAAUAUAUAUAUUCAGACAUUGCUGUAUAAAAGCGUAUGAAAACAUAAAUUUAAGAUGAUGUUGUUUUAUUGUUGAAAUUGAAUUUAAAUAAAACUAAAAGUUUGACUUUUAAUGUUCGUUAAACUUGUUUUAUAAACAUAGAAUACCUUAUACUACGGCGAUACAUUUGUAUUCGGAAUAGUUCUUUCACGAAGAUAUCCGAAUGAACAAAAUCGCUUUAACAAUAUGCAAAUAUGUCUAUGUACUUUUCAUGAAUAUGGAAUUCGUAGUAAAUGUUAUCAAAAUACAGUAGAAAUGCAAAACCUGCAUAUCAGAAACAGCAUACAAUUGUAAAUAUGAAUACCAGAUGACGAAAAGUUGAAAAUAAAUAAUAGACGUGAAAUGAAGUAGCAGCAUGAAUUCGCAGUAUUUACUAUCACAAAGAGAACAAAAAUGUAAAGUUGAACAUCAUUAACAGCUCAUAAGUAUCCAACUGACUACUGCAAUUACUACAGAAGAAUAAUGUUGAAUACCAGAAACACUACAGAAGCGUCAAGUUGAAUAUCAGAAACACAACUGGGGUGUAAAGCUGAAUACCAGAAACACUACAGAAGCGUCAAGUUGAAUAUCAGAAACACAACUGGGGUGUAAAGUUGAAUAUCAGAAAUAUUACAGAAGCAUAAAGUUGAACAUCAGUUACAGCCUAAAUUGUAAAGUUGAAUAUCAUAAAUAUUACAGCGGCGUAAAGUGGAACACCAGUUACAGCCUAAAUUGUAAAGUUAAAUAUAAGAAAAGGCACAUAAAUGUAGUAAAAUACCAGAACCAACAACAUUAAAAUCAAAUUUCAUAUAUCUCAAGAAAAAGAAAAAAAGUAUGAAGGUGAAGAUACUUACAACGCAACAAAGGGGCGUAAAGAUGAGUAUGAGAUACAGCAUAGAAAAGUUAGAAAAAAUGAAAUAAUAGUAACUUAUUGAUUAUUGACUAUCCUAAACAGCAUAUCAAGGUAAAGUUAAAUAAUAGUAACUUAAUAUGGAAUUGAUUAUCCUAAACAGCAUAUCAAGGUAAUGUUAAAUAUCAAAACCAGUACAUGAUAUCAAAACAUCAGAAAUAGCAAAACCUGUAAGUUGAAGUUGAAUAUAAGAAAUAACAUGAGAGUGUAAAAAUAUCAUAAACAGCAUAGAACUGCAUUUGAAUAUUAUCAACUCUGAAAUGUAAAUUUGAAUAUCACAAGCAGCUCUUGAAUAUGAAAUGGAAUAUCAGAACUGUGUAGAUUUGUAAAGUUAAAUAUCAAUAAAAAUACAAACGACGGUAUUUGAAUGAAUUUGUUUUAACAUUUGGUUUGUUUAUGGUUCAUUAAAUAAAUUGUUACAGAUCGCUGG